AUGCGACAGAUCGCCGCACAUGUCCCUAAAAUAUGUGUGGGUGCUACAGUGAUGAACCAUCCACCUUCCAAAUUCAAGCCCCAUUUGAGCAAGAAGUAUGGGAUGUAUCGAAAGCUGGCGGGUGGAGUGUACAAGCAAGCAGACUCCAAUGGUCAAACAGAUUUCCUACUAGAACUGAUGGAGGUUAUGGGUUUGAUGUUUCAGCGUCUUAACGAUGCCGAACAUGGUGAUGACAAGAUGGCAGUAGUGGGCGAACGCGAAUCAAGUUCCAAUGGCAAAGGCGAAUCAAGUUCUAAUGACAAAGGCGAAUCAAGUUACAAUGGCAAAGGCGAAUCAAGUUCUAAUGGCAAAGGCGAAUCAAGUUCCAAUGGCAAAGGCGAAUCAAGUUCCAAUGGCAAAGGCGAAUCAAGUUCUAAUGGCAAAGGCGAAUCAAGUUCUAAUGGCAAAGGCGAAUCAAGUUCCAAUGGCAAAGGCGAAUCAAGUUCCAAUGGCAAAGGCGAAUCAAGUUCCAAUGGCAAAGGCGAAUCAAGUUCCAAUGGCAAAGGUGAAUCAAGUUCCAAUGGCAAAUGCGAAUCAAGUUCCAAUGGCGAGGGAUCUACAAUAGAUACAUACAAAAAUUUGUGGAACAGUUGUAAAAUCAGCGGGUUCAUAUUAUAA